GGAGAGUUCUUUCUGCCACUGGGUGGGCGUCACAUGCAGCCGCCGCCGACAGAGGGUCACUGGACUGUCACUGCCAUACAGAUCCCUCCAUGGACCGAUCACUCCUCUCUUGGAUAUCUCCUUCUAGGUGAAAAUAGCCUAUCAGGUGCCAUUCCUCCUAGCCUAGGAAACCUGGCAGGGCUUAAGGUCUUUGAUUUACGGCACAACCAACUCUCGGGCCAGAUACCUCCAGGGUUGUUGCUGCAUCUGAACAACCUUAAGGAGAUUUAUCUACAAAGAAAUUAUUUGAGUGGGCAAAUACCACCUUAUCUGUUCAACAACACUCCUUCCUUGAGGUACCUCAAAUUUGGAAACAAUAGUCUAUCAGGUCCUAUACCAGAUGCUGUUGCCUCCCUGCCCAUACUUGAGAUCUUAGACAUGCAGUACAAUAAGCUUUCCAGCCUAGUGCCAGAAGCUAUCUACAAUAUGUCUAGACUACACGUCAUGGCACUCGCUGGCAAUAGGAACCUAACCGGGCCAAUACCAAGCAAUCAAACAUUCAGCCUCCCUAUGUUGCAAUUUAUAUCUCUCGCACAAAACAGAUUUACUGGUCAAUUUCCAAAAGGUAUUGCAUCAUGCCAAUACUUGAGAGAGAUUUAUUUGCAUACCAAUUCUUUUAUGGAUGUUGUGCCAACAUGGCUAGCUAAAUUGACACACCUUGAAAUAGUUUCCUUGGGGGGAAAUGACCUCAUUGGUUCAAUCCCACAUGUUCUUAGCAAUCUCAGCAGUCUUACAGUACUAGAGCUCUCUUUUGGCAACUUGAAAGGAAAUAUUCCACCAGAAAUAGGAAAACUCCAGAAACUUUCAUAUUUGCUUCUUAUGGAUAAUCAACUGUCUGGCUCAGUACCGCCAACACUUGGAAAUAUUGUUGCUUUGAAAAAGCUUGUUCUAUCACACAACAAAUUAGAGGGGGGCAUGGGCUUCUUGUCCGCUCUUUCUGGAUGUAGACAACUUGAACGCCUUAUCCUGAACUAUAAUUCUUUCAUAGGUGCCCUUCCAGACCAUGUGGGGAAUCUCUCAACAAAGUUAAUUAGUUUCAUUGCAAAUCAAAAUAAUUAACAGGUAGGCUUCCAUCAACAAUUUCAA